AUGUCUGCCAAAGCACAAAACCCAAUGCGUGAAUUGAAGAUCGAGAAGUUGGUCUUGAACAUCUCGGUCGGUGAAUCCGGUGACAGAUUGACCAGAGCCUCUAAGGUGUUGGAACAAUUGUCUGGUCAAACUCCAGUGCACUCUAAGGCUAGAUACACUGUCAGAACCUUCGGUAUUAGAAGAAACGAAAAGAUCGCCGUUCACGUCACCAUUCGUGGUCCAAAGUCUGAAGAGAUCUUGGAAAGAGGUUUGAAGGUUAAGGAAUACCAAUUGAGAUCCAAGAACUUCUCUGAAACUGGUAACUUUGGUUUCGGUAUUCAAGAACACAUCGACUUGGGUAUCAAGUACGACCCAUCUAUUGGUAUUUACGGUAUGGAUUUCUACGUUGUCAUGGGAAGACCAGGUGCCAGAGUCGCUAGAAGAAAGAGAUGCAGAUCUACCAUCGGUAACUCUCACAAGACUUCCAAGGAAGACACUAUUGCUUGGUUUAAACAAAGAUAUGAUGCCGAAGUUUUGGACAAAUAA